AUGUCAAAUCGCACCUUGACUCCCAAGGCCAGACCCCACCGGCACGCGUGUAUGCAACUAACGAUGCCGGCGCCCGAGGCACCGCAGCUGGAGGAUGGGGGCGCUUCACCGCCGCCGCGCCCGCCGAAGCGCAGCUGUAGCAGCGAAGGUAACUAUCAGCAUGACAAGAGCUCCGAAGACGGCGCCCAGUGCACAAACUCCUCAGACGGUCGUCCGGUUCCGCCGGGGCGAGCGCUUGAGGUGCACGGAAAGGAUGCCGUUGUGCCAAAGAGCGCCGCACCUCGACCCCACGAGCACGAUGAGACACUCGCCAGUUUCGUCUACGCAGAGGUGGACCGGGACCGCGACGGCGGUGCCUCGGAGGCAUGCGCUACCACUAGCGUUGACCACAAGGCCAUGCUCACCACGGUGGAACUGUUUGAUGCCACCGCCAUGACACUGUCUCUCAGCGUGGAUCGAGCAGCAGGAACGGAGCGAUUGAUGGCGAUGGCGGAUACCAAGUCACCCCGAAGGCGGGAUGACCGUACUGGAGACGAUGACGUGUGGGACCGUGAUUUGAACAACAGCUCGGAGGUCGCUAAGGCUACAGCAGAGGUAACACAUGCCACUACUCAGUUCGGCCUAGAUCGCGCCACGCGCUGCAGCGUGCACUCGAGCAACGCCGUCCACGUUGGGACUACCACUGCAGCGGAGGAGGAGGACGAGGAGAGUGACGACGAGGAUGAGGACGGCUUCUUCCAGGAGACGGUUUUACUCAUGAACAACAACUUCCAGUCGCUCGGUAGCACACGUUGCACACCGGCAAAGGCCUCUCAUCAGCCGAGUGAGGAGACGUUCGUCGGCUCGGCCAGCCCCACGCCACACAUGCCUCGCUCGCUGGAGGUGACACCUCUGACGAAGCCACCGACAGGUCGAGAGAUGCCGGGGGAGGGUGGCUUCACUGGCCGCCCGGGUCGGAUGGAACCGGGCACAGCUUUUUCUGAGAGUAAAACAUACUUAGCUGCCGACACGCCAGCUUCACCGUGCUUCACGGCUCCUGUGUCACCAGCUACGACAGUGAACACGCAGGCACCACCGGCAGUGCCUGCCUCCCUGCUCUCCACGCCACAGCACUGCUGCCGUCCUGAUCCUUGCGCCUCCCUUUUUGCAGCCUCCACCCCUCCCGCCACGGCUGAAAUGAGCUCAGCGGCCAGUGAGUACUUCUUCAUUGACAACCACGAUGGCACUGCUUACCUCGCCGACGCCUCGUUGCAACUGGACGGCAGCUACGCCCUCGGCCAAACCAUCUUGCUGGCUCAGAGCGCCGGCUCAUCGGAGGCCUCAUCGAUAUCGGCAGUACGCCGCAACGCUACUGGCAUCGAGUCCCCCGUUGCGAAGCCACAGCUUACCAUAGACUUGCCGCAGCAGCGCGGCAACGCCGUACACCGCCCACCUCGCGGCGCGUGUCUUAGGGAGGUGCUGCCGGCAUCUGCGGCGCCACCCUUCUGCCCAGGCUCGCCGGCCCCGCAUCCUAUCCAGAGCGGUGCCGCCUUACCAGUGUCACCUAGCAUUGCUCGCGUGGUAUGCCGCUCCGCCGCUAUGUCGCGCGACGUUUCGGCUUGCCCGGUCGCGCCUGCAGUCGCCUCCCGCCUACUUUCGAGCAGCUUCAGUGACAGCUUCUGCUUUGACCAGACGCUGUUGGUGCCGCUAGAUGAGAGCACCCUGGACCGCUCUGCUGUGAUUGCGGAUGCCUCUGUGGUAGCCGAUCGAAGCCACCGAAGCACCGCCCCGACGCGUUGGGACGCGUGCGUAUCGCCUUCGGUGGUGACUCCAGUGCUCUCAUUGCCCGUCGUCUCCUUCAGGGCUUUCCAGGCAGGGACAGGGCGUCGCGAGUGUGGCGUACCGCGACCCUCGCUGUCCUGCCCCACUGCCUCAUUUUCGCUCUCACGUGGUUCUCCGGUACCAGAUGCGCCCAUCGCUGCGGAGCAGCUUGCCGCUCAACAGGCACGCGCGGCUCGCGAGGGACGAGCUCCGCGUUCAGAUCAGGAUGUCAUCUACCUUAUCCCUGCCGGCGCCGCCACAGCAACGAUGAGACCGGAGGAAAUUACCGGUCAAGGCUGGAUCCCGGUUCAGGCCGUGGACGUCCUGCCCUCUGCCACGUUUGCCGCCCCCCCUGCCGUCGGCAACGAUGUUCGCUCUCACCGAGGCAUUGUCAGGGGUGGUACCGAGUCGCCGUUGCCCACGAACCCCACUGUCACUAGUGCUGCUGGGAGGGUGACCUCACAAGACGAUUGCGUCGAGGAGUCUGAUCGUGAACCGAGCCUCUCACGCCGCUCGUGCGGCGGACAUGACGAUAUCGCCUUGCCGAUCUUCAGCCCUGCGUCCACGCUCUCCGCCUCAACGCUGGAGUGCAUCAAUCGUCGGCUGAGCUACUCCAUGUCGAGGUGGGCGAGCACCCGUCAGCGCUUCGGUGCCACUUCUCAUUCCGGAGCUGACGGGGCAAACAUCACCAAUCUCGCUGGCAGCAUUGUGCUGCCACCCGCCACACCGCUCUUCCUCGUUGGGCCAUCUCAGGAGGGACACCACAAUACCGGCGGCACCUUCAGCGCUUUCUCGGCUGAGCCAGUCAGCGAUAGCCGCUCCCCUGUGCCUGUGCCGCCCGAGUCGCCGGAGAUGCCGCAGCGUGAGGAGAGCCCGUCUCGUUGCACGGCUGUUGCCACCCCGGCUGCAUCGUGCCAACAAGGCCACCUUGACGGUGCACCAGUCGCGGAGGAGGACGACACUGGCAAUGCAGCCAACGCUGACUGGAACUCGCUGCUAACGAGCAUGAGCUACCAGCGCGUGUCCACUGUUGGGGCGACGACGAGCGAGUCGUAUGCGAACGAUGGCUCCCUGAGUAUCCCGCUGACGUUGUCCGCCAGUGCGUCUCUCCGGAUGGGGGUGCAG